AUGUAUCAGGUGUCUGUGGGUCAACAUGACCCUACUCCUGAUGAUGAUGAUGAUGAUGAUGAUGAUGAUCUUGUACAUGAAAUGGACCAAAUAUCGAUUCAGGAUAUUCAAUCUCGUGACAUUGACAUAAUAUUUACAAGUCCAGAGACAGUUCUUGGAACACAGCGUGAUGUCAUUGAAGACCUGACUAAAGAGAAGAUUUUGAAGAAAAAGACCUUUCGACGAGCGUAUGGAACACUUGGCGAACUCAGGGCACUAGCUCCUGGCAUACCAGUGAUUGCACUAACAGCAACUGCGACCAACAAGACAAACAGGGAAAUAGUCCUUUGCUCAACAUCAUUCAGCAUGGGACUUGACUUACAAAGUGUGGAAACCGUCAUCCACUAUGGUCCAGCCAGUAAUGUUGAGGGUUAUAUUCAAGAGACAGGACGAGCAGGCAGGGAUCCAGAAAAGCAGGCACAUGCUCUUCUCAUGAAAUUUAGACAGUGUCUCAGUGGCAGGCGGAAUAUUUCGGAUGAAAUGAAACAGUAUGUCAGAACCAACAAUGCUAUCCUCGAGUAUCUCUAA